UAUUAAAUUCCUCAAAUGUCAAUGCACAUUGUUCACCAUUUUGUACUUUUCUCUCAAUUUCUUCCCCAUUUCUUUGACUAUUUCUCGAGUAUAUAUAAACAACUUCGUGUAUACAGUAUAAUUGAAUAGUUUUACGCGCAAUUUGAGAACAAUUGGAGGGGAAAUCAAGAAAAAAGAGGAGAAUUUUCAAGAAAUGAAUCACAUGAUGGUGGUAGAAGCGGCGUUGGAGUUUCUGAUGCCGUCGUGGUGGGAGGUGCAAGUCACGUUUGCGGCAGUGGUCUUCGUAUUGGUGGCGUACUGGUUUUUCACUCUAGGUGGCGAGGCAUGCGGCGGCUGCUUUGAUCGGGUGUCAGUUGAUAGUUCCGGUGGCAGUGUAGAUGUAAUUGACGAUAGAGACAAGAUGGGCCAGUAUAAGGGAGACCCUGAAACUAAUUCUGCAUAUUUAAUCAAGGUGGAACUUUUAGCAGCGAAGAAUCUUAUUGGUGCAAAUUUGAAUGGCACAUCAGACCCUUAUGCAAUUAUCACUUGUGGUGCAGAAAAGCGCUUCAGGUGAAUGCCAUUGAUUUGGUCUUGUCUUGGCCUGAAGAAUUGUUCAAUGAUUCCUGGCUCUAGAAAUCCUAUGUGGGGAGAGGAGUUCAAUUUUUCUGUGGAUGAGCUUCCUGUACAGAUUAAUGUGACAAUAUAUGAUUGGGAUAUAAUUUGGAAAAGUGCAGUUCUUGGUUCAGUGUCAAUUCCUGUGGAAAAUGAAGGGCAGACUGGUGCUGUAUGGUAUUCUCUGGACAGUACAUCAGGGCAGGUCUGUCUUCAUAUUAAAACACUAAAGUUACAAGUGCAUUCUCCCAGGGAUUUGAAUGGCUAUGCUGGUGCUAACACGCGAAGGAGACCUAAGGAUAAACAAGGGCCUACAGUUGUUCAUCAGAAACCUGGGCCGUUGCAAACAAUAUUUAAUCUUCUCCCCGACGAGGUUGAUGAACAUAGCUAUUCUUGUGCGCUCGAGAGGUCAUUUUUAUAUCAUGGCCGUAUGUACGUAUCAGCAUGGAACAUCUGCUUCCAUUCUAAUGUAUUUUCGAAGCAAAUGAAGGUAAUUAUACCAAUUGGAGACAUAGAUGAGAUAAGGAGGAGCCAGCAUGCAUUUAUCAAUCCAGCUAUUACUAUAAUUCUUCGUAUGGGUGCUGGUGGACAUGGCGUGCCUCCUUUAGGAAAUCCUGAUGGUCGAGUCAGAUAUAAGUUUGCAUCAUUCUGGAACAGAAAUCAUGCACUGAGAGCUUUACAACGUUCAGUAAAUAACUAUCAUGCAAUGUUAGAAGCUGAGAAAAAGGAAAAGGAGCAGUCAGCAUUGCGUGCUCAUAGCAGCUCCAUCAGAGGCACUAGGGGUCAAUCUAAGGUUUCAGAGAAAAGUCUGCCGAAGACUGAAAAGUUUCAACCAUUCAUCAAAGAGGAAGUGCUUUCUGGCAUUUACAAUAAUGUCUUUCCAUGCACGGCAGAGCAAUUCUUCAAAUUUUUGCUGGAUGAUGAUUCCAAUUUUACAAAUGAGUAUCGCACUGCUCGAAAGGAUACUAAUCUCUCCAUGGGUCAGUGGCAUGCUGCUGAUGAGUAUGAUGGUCAAGUUAGAGAAAUUACUUUUAGAUCCUUGUGUAACAGUCCCAUGUGCCCUUCGGAUACAGCAAUGACAGAGUGGCAGCAUGCUGUCUUGUCAGCAGAUAAGAAAACUCUGGUGUUUGAGACUGUACAACAGGCACAUGAUGUUCCAUUUGGUUCAUACUUCGAGGUUCAUUGUCGAUGGUCUUUGAUUACAAACUCUGAGGCCGCAUGCACUUUGGACAUUAAAGUUGGUGCACAUUUCAAGAAGUGGUGUGUGAUGCAAUCGAAAAUAAAAGCUGGUGCAAUCAAUGAGUAUAAGAAAGAAGUGGAUCUAAUGUUAGAAGUUGCUCGUUCAUACAUUAAGUCGAAGAUUUCUGGUGGCGAGACAGAUAAUAUUGCCUCUUCUACUGUUAUUCAAGAGAAUAGAUAACUGAUGAUACAAUAAUUUUCACACGAGUUCCCAAUACUGAUGACUUGAAGUUUUGAGUUUUCCAUACGUCGUUUAUACAUAUCACGUAGCUUGAGCAA